AUGCGUCCCAGCAGGAAAAUCACGUAUGGGGAAAUUGCGGAUACCAUUCUACCCUCGGCAAUAUUUACUGUCGACGUCUUGACGACGCUCUCUGCGUCUGUGGACUCGUACGUAAAAUUAGCUCCCCGAGACCGCCGGUCGUUCCUGCAGGAGCAGAUGGAACGGGUUUGGCCAGCUCCAAUCGACUGGGCAAAUCGACCUCGGACAGAUGAAUUCAAGGCCCAAUGGCUAGUAGGUUCAAACUGUGAGCUUCGGUUGCGCACACGAAAGGCUGACCCGAAGCGGAUACAGGCGUUACAGCGUUACUUUCAGGAACAGGGUCGCAUUCGGGAACCGCCUUCUCUCCCGUCUAGCAUUGUUGGGAGAAAAUGGACUGGUCUCAGGGUUUGCGGCAUCGUGUAUAGCGACUCUAUCGACGAGAUGGUCUUCCUAGGCACUGGGAUGCGACCCGGCGAUCCUCGGGGCUAUAUCGGACAUCGCAUCAAGUGCCGCACAGUAUACUACUGGAAACUGCCUCCAGAAGAGAGGGGGCUCCUGGGUGUCAUAGCCAAGGAGUGGCAGAACGGCAGUCUGCCCGUUCAGCAAAAGACAGAUGCAUACUAUCGACGAUUUCAACAAUUUAUCAAGACUGUACACCUUACGGCACUGCGCGACUUUGGUCAGCACAUGGUGUCCAUGGUUAUACCGGAACCGGGCUUGACCAAUCCGCCAAGACUCUAUGAAUUCCUUUACGAGCUGAAGGUCCUCGAUCGACCCCUCGUUAAGACUGUCCCUGUCGGUGAUGUACUCACCGAUAUUUACCUUGAAGUCAAUCACGCCGCCGGCCGAAUUGAGGGGGCGGCUUUGCCUACCGUUCUCGAGAAGAAAUCACGUCUUAAGCGCAAGACCACUUGGGCUCUGCACGAAGAUGACUUCCUAGGUCGCGACGGGAUUCUGCUUCGCGCGGAUGAGUUUGACGAAGAGCUUUUCUUCAAAGAAGCGAUAGCCAUGGUUUAUACGAUAGUGAGAAUGGCUCACAGCAACAUAUCGAACUACCGUGAUUUGGAUCCACCUUGGUCUUCUUUUCAUGACCUCGUCGACGCCAAAUAUCUACUACCAGAUGUCCCUAUGUCUAUCCCCACGAACCUUCGGCAGCCCAACUGUUUCCGUUAUUUGAAGCAUUGGUUUACGGUGACAAAGGGACUUGAAUUCAAACUUUGGCAAAGAAAGAAUAGUCUACCUACGACACCUGUGCCUAUGGAAGAGAGAUGGUGGGCGGCAUCCAUGGCCGAUCAUGUACCACCGGCGAUAUCCAUUCCUUCUGCCGCCCAAGCCGCCUUCGACUUCACACCAGAGCAGUUCAUCUCGCCGGCAACCCGACCUCCGCAGCUUUCUCCUUAUGGCAGCGCCGGCGGUCAUCUGGUGCACGAUGAGGGAGUACGCGAAGACGAGGCGCUGGAGACAUUGGGUAUCGCCGCUGUACCAGAUCCAGAGGACGCACCGCCGGCUGAUCCGGAUAUCUCAUCGCCUGAUGAUUCGGAGACUUCGCAGGGCGAACCGCCCUGUAGAGUGCCGGCGAACGGUGAAGCGAGAGCUCAAUGGUGUCUGAUGAUACCUAACGCAUCACUGUCGCUGAAGGCAGCCGGAAAACAUACGAAUUUACCAGACGACUUGAGUUGGCGUAUGGUGUCCGUUACUCCGUCCUUUACCGCGAACAAGAUACAAAUCUGGCUAUCGUUCUUGCGGAGCAGCCCUUGGACGCUCAGUCAUGGCAGCACUCGAUUAUUUGCCGGCUCAGAGCUCAUAUGGACGUAUAUUCUGGGAUGGAUCGUGUACCUCCGAGGCUACUCUGCCGCUGGUGGUACCGGCUUGGGAAGCGAAGGUGCAGGUUUAUUCACCCUCGGCUACACCGGCUAUAGCAGUAUUUUCGACGCCUUUAACGAAGCCAUGGCCGGAUAUGCCGAAAAAUAUAGCUACCCUGGCUGGGCACCAUCUACGAAGUACGCAGUGGCUAGCUCGAGAAGUCAUUAUUUGGCGUACCUCUUUCGACACGAAGAAUAUGACGUGCUACUUCCAUUGCUGAAGUUGGUAGUAACAUUGCCGGAAGGUCCGCUUGAAUCACCUUUCGCUGUAGUGCCGCAUUCAGCAGCGUCGGACGCGCCGUCUUGGAUCACAAAUCAUCACGGUGUUCCCUCCUGGCAAUGGCAACGUUGCGGCUUGCCUCCAACCGCGCAUACUUGUGCCGAUCUACCAGACCUCAUCACUGAAUAUUUCAAGUGUGGUGACCUGCUCGUGUACGAGUUUGUCCCGCGCUCCCGCGAGACGGCGUUGGCGGUGCUACUGAAAGUAGCCCUUAUCCACUCGGAUUUGGAGAAUAUCGAAGACGAGAAGUGGGAUGAAGGCGGGGCGACCAUCUUAGAGCACUCUACGCUUCGAGGACAUACACGCGCUCUUCGAACCGCAAUCGCGGACUGGGCAAACGAGCAAGCUCUGCUUCUGGAGCAACUCCUCCCUACUGAGGCCCGCGCAGAUGCUGAUCACGAUGCAGGGAGCGAGGGGGGGGGGAGCAGGGCCAUGCCGCCCGCGGCACAGAUGUCAGAGGUCACCUCCUCUCCUGGCACUCUUUUGCCUGAGGCUCAAGACGAGGUCGCUGGCGGGAGCGUGCCUGGAAGGAUCGACCCCCGUUAUUGGGCGGUGGAGUUGGAGGACAUGAGUAAAUCGCAUUCGGUCGGAAAGUACCAGGCUUGGCUCGCGGCGCAGCCACGUACAGCUGUGCAAGAGGUGACCAGAAAGGGAUUAGAAGGGCUUUCUCAGCUGGAGGAGAGGCGGAAGGCCAACAGAGCUAUUCGCGAGGUAGCCCUGCAGGAAACUAAGCGCAAGCCUCACGCACGCAAGGUUCCCAAGCCUCAGCGACAAGGCGGCACUUGGCAGCCUAUGCCUCAGGACGGGUCGACUGACGAGGACGAGCCAAUCGUUCGCAAUCCCCCGCUCAAGAGGCAGAAGAAGUUGAUUAUCAAGAAGCCUCGAGCUAUCGCAGGCGGUUCGAAGCCGAGCAAGGCCUCUCGGGGCCGUGUCAGCAAGGCAACACCGGUGUCGGCAAUGAACUCAGUUUCUCCAUCGCGCAGCAUCUCUCCAUUGGAGGGUUUUCGACCAUUCGACUCCUACACCGACGUUGACCAUCCAGAUGCCAUUGACAACGACGAAGAUAUUGAGAUGCCGGAUCACAUCAGCUCACCGAGGUUACGCAUUCACGACGGUCUGGCGCCGAGGUCGGUGACCUUCGACGCCCAGAGCGCCAGCAGCAUCAUGGACAUCGACAGUGACGAUUAUGGUUCCGCCCGGUCGGUUCGACCCUUUCAUCAUCGCCGUUUCGUCUUCGUGCAGCCAGAGCCAGCGGUCUUUCGAUCAGCAAGCUCGACGCCUCUUCCUCCUGCUGGGGAUGAAGCACGGCAUGCUGGCCCCACAUUUGUCGGAGCCCAGCGUCCACUCAUAUCGCCGGGACUGGUGACCCGCGGCACACGCGAUGAUUCCCCAGCUCUCGCGAGAGCGGAGACGGCGGCUGCAGAAAAGAGAACGGAGAACAUUAGGAGGAGCACUAGGUUGCAAAAAAGCCGUUCCGUAGAAUAG